GGUUCAAGGGACUGAGAUGAUGUGAGUGAGCUGCUCCUGGAGGCCUCUGUCCGACUGUCUGCCCGCCCUCUUAGUCAGCGGACGGGUGUGGACCCUGUGAGAGUUACUUGGGAUGGCAGCAGAAGAAAAGAUCCCAUCGGCUCUGGGCCUUGGGAAGGAGCAGUCUCGCUCUCCGACAAGUCCAUCUCACCUCACCCAUUUUAAGCCACUGACUCCAGAUCAAGAUGAACCUCCCUUCAGAUCAGCCUAUAGUUCUUUUGUAAGCCUUUUUCGUUUUAACAAAGAUGAUGGAAGACCAAACUCUUCAUAUCGAACAGGCCUGACUCAAAGUGAACCACAGGUUAGAGAAGAAAAUUGGUCCAGCCACCAAAGUGAUGACCAAGCAUAUUUAAGAUCAUCAUCACCUUACAAAAAACAACAUGCAAGGGAAAACCCACGAAGAGCAUCUAGUGCAUCAAUGGUCAAAUCUCAAGGUGCAGAUGGUCCUAGAAAACCAGAUGUGUCGAUGGGAAGCCAUGAUCCUCGAACAGCAGUACAACUAAGGAGCCUUACAACAGUUUUGAAGCGCUUGAAAGAAAUAAUGGAGGGAAGAAGCCAGGACACUGAUUUGAAGCAGUACUGGAUGCCAGAUAGUCAAUGUAAAGAGUGUUAUGAUUGUAAUGAGAAGUUUACCACCUUCAGACGUCGACAUCACUGCCGUUUGUGUGGACAGAUCUUCUGCAGUCGUUGUUGCAAUCAGGAAAUACCUGGGAAAUUCAUGGGUUAUGCUGGUGAUCUUCGAGCUUGCACUUACUGUCGUAAAAUUGCUUUGAACUAUGCACAUUCCACAGACAGCAGUUCCAUUGGUGAAGAUCUAAAUGUUUUGACUGACUCAAUGUAUUCUGUAUCCAUAUUGGAUCCAGUGGAACCUAGAACUCCUGUAAGUGGAAGAAAAGUCAUCAGAAAUAUAUUUUUGGAAGAGGAUCUCGUGUGGCAGAGCUUGGGCCAUCAGGAUUCUCAGAGUAAUUUGACAACGCGACUCUCAACCGUGCAGGAGGAUGUAGGAAAGUCACCUGCUCGAAAAAGGUCUGUAAGCAUCACCAAUCUUUCUUUGGACCGGUCUGCUUCACCCAUGGUACCUUCAUAUGACAGCUCUAUUAGCCCUCAAGCCUCUCGGGCGUAUGCUAAAACUGACCCUAAUGAAGAUGAAAGAAAAAUUCUUCUGGACUCUGUGCAACUGAAAGACCUGUGGAAGAAAAUAUGCCAUCACAGCACUGGCAUGGAGUUUCAGGAUCAUCGCUACUGGUUGCGAACAUAUCCUAAUUGCAUUGUAGGAAAGGAACUGGUGAAUUGGUUGAUUAGAAAUGGACAUAUCGCUACACGAGCUCAGGCAAUUGCCAUUGGUCAGGCAUUAGUGGAUGGACGAUGGUUUGACUGUGUAACCCAUCAUGAUCAGCUCUUUAGGGAUGAAUAUGCCUUAUACAGGCCUUUGCAAAGUACAGAGUUUUCUGAGACACCUUCUCCAGACAGUGAUUCAAUAAAUUCGGUGGAAGGCAAUUCUGAACCGUCAUGGUUUAAGGAUAUCAAAUUUGAUGACAGCGAUACUGAGCAGAUGCAGGAUGAUGGAGAAGAAGUCAUGCAAAGCUUUUCCAGCCCUAGCAAACGUACAUCAGUAAGCAGUUUUCAGUCAGUCAUGGACAGCGACUCUGCAGCUUCUAUCAGCCUAAAUGUGGAACUGGACAAUGUCAACUUUCAUAUCAAGAAACAUUCCAAGUACCCGUAUGUCCCAACACAUCCAGCAGAUCAGAAAGAGUUCUUAGUUUCUGAAGAUGGAGUGCAACAGGUUAUUGGCAUAAGUGAUGCUUUUAUUAAAGAAUCUCUCUUUAAUCGUCGUGUUGAGGAAAAAUCCAAAGAUCUUCUCUUAACUCCACUUGGUUGGCAUCACAGUUCCCUGGAACAUCUUCGGGAAGAAAAUGGCGAGAAACAAGCAAUGGAGAGAUUACUUUCAGCUAACCAUGGCCAUAUGAUGGCCUUGUUGCAGCAACUGUUAUAUAGUGAGUCCCUCUCACUGUCCUGGAGAGACAUAAUUGUUCCUGUGGUCCGCCAGGUUGUACAGACUGUGUGUCCAGAUGUCAAGAACAAUGAUGAUGACAUGGAUAUCCGCCAAUUUGUUCAUAUUAAAAAGAUACCAGGUGGUAAAAAAUUUGAUUCUGCAGUGGUUAAUGGGUUCGUUUGUACCAAGAACAUAGCCCAUAAAAAGAUGAAUCCUCACAUAAAAAAUCCAAAGAUUCUGCUGUUGAAAUGCUCCAUUGAAUACCUGUAUCGAGAGGAGACGAAGUUUACAUGCAUAGAUCCCAUUGUCCUACAGGAAAGAGAAUUUCUGAAGAAUUAUGUGCAGCGAAUAGUGGAUGUUCGACCAAAUCUGGUUCUUGUAGAAAAGACUGUUUCUCGUAUUGCUCAAGAUAUGCUUCUGGAAAAUGGAAUUACCUUAGUGAUAAAUGUAAAACCACAAGUGCUAGAGCAAGUGAGUCGUGUUACGCAGGGUGAUUUGGUUAUGUCAAUGGAUCAACUUCUUACAAAGCCUCGCCUUGGAACAUGCCAUAAAUUUUUCCUUCAACCAUUCCAACUACCUAAUGGUCACAUAAAGACACUCAUGUUUUUUGAAGGUUGUCCCCAACACUUAGGCUGUACUGUGAAGCUGAGGGGUGCUUCGGAAUAUGAGUUAGCAAGAGUGAAAGAAAUUAUUAUAUUCAUGGUCUGUGUGGCUUAUCAUUCUCAGCUGGAGCUUUCUCUUCUUAUGGAUGAGUUUGCUAUGCCUCCAAGUUUGUCUAAAAGUGGAUCAAUUCAUUCCAUUAUUGAUGGUGAGACUGCUGAAAAUGAUGGGCUGGACUUGUUUACUGACGAAAACUUUGGCAGUCUUUCCAAAGACUCUGAUGGUCCAAUUGAAGACAUUUCCUUGGGAUCUGAGUUUGCUUCAACUGCCAGUUUUGAUUAUCCAAAACAUAACACAUUUUGUGAAGAAGAGAAACCAUUGAGAAGAAGUGUUUCUAGGGACAGCAUUUUUGUAAAACCUGAGGGUCCCACACCUGAUUUGGCCCCUCCGGAUUUCGAGACACCUUUUCUUGACCCUCCUUUGACAUCUUCUGUCCACGCACCUGUAUUAGACUCCAUGUUAUCUGAAAGUAAGAAAGACCAAGGGCCUCCAGGCACGUACCGUGCAUUCUUACAUGACUCUGAACCAUCUAUGGGAAACAGGCCUAAACGUUUCCGUGAUCCCCUUCAGGAUGAUACCGAUCUGUUCAUUACUGAACAUGUUACUUCCUCAGAAGACAGGUUGAAAUCCUACUCUGUUGCCUUCAAGCAGGAACUUAAGGAUGUCAUUCUUUGUAUAUCUCCUUUUAUUACUUUCAAAGAGCCUUUCCUGUUAACGGAGAAAGGUAUGAAGUGUCCAACAAGAGAUUACUUCCCAGAACAAGUCUAUUGGUCCCCUCUCUUGCACAAAGAUAUUAAAGAAGUAGAAUGCAGAAGGAAGAAACAGCUACUAAAAGACUUGACAAGCCUUCAGAGUCUUAAUGGCAAUGUGCAGGCAAAAAGCAGUCAAAUUCUUCCAACUCAUGAUCUGCUAAGUACCAGAAUAACUCAUUCCUUAGGAAGUAACCAAAGCUUGUCAAAGCUUUUAGCUGAUUAUCGAGCUAGAGGUGGUAGAAUAAAGAACAAAGUAGAAGAUCAUUUUUUGCAGAACAAAGAGGAUAACAGUAAAUCAGCCAUGAAAAAUGGGGAAGAGGAAAUCCAACGAGGACAAACCCAAAAUGAGUUUGCGUGGGCAUCAAAGGUGGACUGUUUGAGCCCAGCAAACCAUCAGAAGCUUUGUGUUCUCUUCAGUAGUUCCUCUGUUCAGUCAAGCAAUGCACCAAAUCCAUGUGUUAGUCCGUGGAUCGUCACAAUGGAAUUUUAUGGAAAAAAUGAUCUGACUUUAGGAAUAUUUUUAGAAAGAUACUGCCUUAGACCUGCCUAUCAGUGUCCCAGCAUGUUCUGUGAAACACCUAUGGUGCACCAUAUACGUCGUUUUGUGCAUGGUAAUGGUUGUGUACAGAUUGUAUUAAAAGAGCUGGAUUCUCCUGUUCCUGGUUAUCAGCACACAAUAUUAACAUACUCUUGGUGCAGAAUAUGUAAACAGGUAACUCCAGUGGUUCCACUGUCCAAGGAUUCUUGGUCGAUGUCCUUUGCCAAAUAUCUGGAGUUACGAUUCUAUGGCUAUCAGUAUACCCGCAGAGCAAAUGCUGAGCCUUGUGGUCACUCUAUGCAUCAUGAUUAUCACCAGUAUUUCUCUUAUAAUCAGAUGGUUGCAUCUUUCAGCUUUUCCCCCAUUAGAAUGCUUGAAAUUUGUCUACCCCCACUAGAAAUACACAUCAAACCUCAAAUGCCAUCAAAGCAAUCAAUUAUUCAGGAUUUGAAGGAUUUUUCACAAAAGGUGUCACAAAUCUAUUCGGCAGUAGACGAUCGCCUGGUGUCCUUGAAAACUGAUACCUUCAACAAAACAAGAGAAGAAAAAAUUGAAGAUUUGUUUGCACAAAAAGAAAUGGAAGAGGCAGAGUUUCGAAACUGGUUUGAAAAAACUCAAGCAAGAUUGCUGACCUCCUCAGUCGAUAACCCUCAGCAGUUGGUAUUUUUGGAUGAUUGCUUAAUUACCAAGAAACAGAAUUUGUGUGAGCUGUUACAGGCUUGGAAUAACAGACUACAAGAUCUGUUUCAACAAGAAAAAGGACGGAAACGACCAACAGUACCACCAAGUCCUGGUAGAUUGAGGUCUACUGAAGAAACAAAGAGCAGUGUACUGGAUACUUCUCCACGCAGUUCAACCUCGGGACUACCAAAUGGAGAUAAAGAAGAUCGCACAUUGCCCACCACAGCAGCUAACUCUACCAACACUGCCAAUUCUCAGUUACCCUCCUGCCCAGAGGUAUGCAUCGAACAACUUUCUGCUGGACCCAAUAUUCCCACAGUGUCUGUUAUCAGUGACCAAGACACCAACAAUUCUGACGAUGUAUAUGAUGGACACCUUUUGGGCUCCAGUGACAGUCAAGUAAAAGAAAAGUCAACUAUGAAGGCUAUUUUUGCAAAUCUACUUCCUGGAAACAGUUACAACCCCAUUCCUUUCCCAUUUGAUCCUGACAAGCAUUACCUGAUGUGGGACCAUGAGCGUGUGCCAAUUACAGUAUGUGAGAAGGAACCAAGUUCAAUCAUUGCAUUUGCUCUCAGUUGUAAGGAGUACAAGAAUGCUGUAGAAGAUCUUGGAAGAGAAUGUAUGAUGACUGGGAAUGAUGAAGGAGUACAACAGGCAAAUAAUGCAGACAGACCGAAGGCCAAUAGUCCUGCAAGACAUUCAGAAAGCAACAGCAGUCAAGGAAAUCGCAGUAUAGAAUCUGAACAGACUUCAAGAAAGACACCUGGAGUUUUAUCAUUUUUCCGAGGUUCAGGGGGUAAAAGCCCUGAUCUGUCCAUACUGAGAAAAGAGACUUUGCGAGGUGCAGAUAGUGCUUAUUACCAGGUCUCUCAAACAGGGAAAGAAGGGGCAGAGAAUCAAGCUGCAGAGUUACAAGAUGAUGGUGAUGGAGACAAACAAAAGAAGCAACUUGGAAACCCACAUGUAGAACUUCAAUUUUCAGAUGCCAAUGCCAAGUUUUACUGUAGAAUUUAUUAUGCUGAAGAUUUCCACAAAAUGCGAGAAGUGAUUUUGGCUAGUAAUGAGGAGGACUUCAUCCGAUCACUGUCUCACUGUGUGCCAUGGCAAGCCCGAGGAGGCAAAUCAGGAGCAGCCUUUUAUGCUACAGAAGAUGACCGUUUUAUUCUGAAGCAGAUGCCUCGAUUGGAAGUCCAGUCUUUCUUGGAUUUUGCUCCUCACUAUUUUACUUACAUUACAACUGCUGUUCAGCAAAAGAGACCGACAGCAUUGGCUAAAAUUCUGGGGGUAUAUCGAAUAGGCUACAAGAAUUCUCAGAAUAAUACAGAAAAGAAACUUGAUCUUUUGGUUAUGGAGAAUCUCUUCUAUGGAAGAAAAAUGGCUCAGGUUUUUGAUUUAAAAGGUUCUUUAAGGAAUCGAAAUGUUAAAACUGAAACUGGAAAGGAAACAUGUGAUGUUGUAUUACUGGAUGAAAACCUAUUAAAAAUGAUACGUGAUAACCCUCUUUAUAUUCGAUCGCACUGUAAAGCUGUGCUGCGGGCAUCCAUUCAUAGUGAUGCGUAUUUUCUGUCCAGUCAUCUCAUCAUUGACUAUUCCUUGCUUGUGGGCCGAGAUGACGUUACAAAUGAAUUGGUUGUUGGAAUUAUUGAUUAUAUUAGGACAUUUACUUGGGAUAAAAAACUUGAAAUGGUGGUAAAGUCUACAGGAAUCUUAGGUGGACAAGGAAAGAUGCCAACUGUAGUUUCCCCAGAGCUUUAUAGAACAAGAUUCUGUGAAGCAAUGGACAAGUAUUUCCUGAAGGUCCCAGACCACUGGACAGGCCUUGGUGUGAGCUGCUGAAAAGACAGGCAGUAUUCAAGACAACAUUGGAGUAAACUGUUCAAUGGCAUCACUGGAUAAGUGCUAUGGAAGGGGAGAAAAUGUGGAUUGUUCAUUUGAACAUGGACAGCACUGAGGCAGAAAACACUGUACAUAUAGGUUUUAUUACAGUAUUGCAUAAGAAUAGAAAAUAAUUCUGUUUCAGUGGGGGAAAAAGUAAAUUUUUAGGUUAAUUUUGGAUGGAUGAAAAAUCACUGUUUCACAAAACAACAGUGUACUUGGCAUUUCAAAUGUCCCUAUUUAAGGGACAUGAAUGAGACCUGCAAAACUUGAACAAUAUUUCCAUUUUAACAUCACUAUUCAAUAGUGCAACUAAUUGCAGGGUUUACCUUUCAAAAAAGCACAAAGUGCUGCUCUCAAAUAUUUAGUUCAGUACUCACACACUGCGCACACAUACUGUAGACGCUAUUUAUAUUACCUUUGUUUGCUGUAGAGAAAAGUCAUAUGUUAAAUGGGGCAUUUUAUAUAUAGAUUGUCUGCCUGACUGAGAGCUAUAAAAUACUUGUUGCUUCAGUGUUCAUAUUAAGAAUAUAUGCCUUUAAGUAAAAGAUUGGAAAGUUUUCAGUGUUGAUAUGACACUCCCAUUGCAAUAUAUUGCUGCAGGCCCAUCAAAAUUCAAAUCAAGUUUUGAAAUUUCUGAAUUGUUGCUAUGAAUUUUAAAGUAUACUCCAACUGCAGUAUUUGUCCACAUGGUGCACUUUGUAGAUCUUUUUUUCCUGACACGGGUACAGAGAUUUGUAAAUAGAAAUAGUUACAAGUGGCAAAUUGAGUUUUGAGUUUUUUUGCCUUCCAACUUCAUGCAAGUGUCUUUAUAUAAUAAAUAACUUGAAUUAAUAAUAAUUCAGGCUAAUUUGACAACUGCCGGUGAUGCACUUUGAAAAGCUGGUUUGGAUCAUGCUUCAAAAUAGAUGGGGUCCAACACAUCUUUGAAUUGAGUUUGCGAACUUAAUUUUUAAGAGGACUGACUAAGAGAAAUUAAAUGCCACCAAGACUAUCUUGAGAAAUCUGGAGCACUAAUGUACAGUAAAUCUUUAAAUUCAGUAAGGUAUUUUAUAAUGUUCAAAAUGUGUUUGUUAUUUGAGACCGUAUUGGUACUUCUGACAAUAAUUGUGUGCUAAUGAA